UUACACUGCUUUUGGUUUUUCUGGGUGAAGCCGCGGUUUUGCAUCUGAUCCAGAAACCACGAUUAAGGACAGAAAAACCCAAAAAAUUCAACUGUCUCCGUCGGAUUCUUUCUCCGUUGAUCUUCACUGUCCCUUCUCUUACUCUGCUGAAUCUUUAUGCUAGCUCCAUCGGUGCGCUAGAUUCGAUGCUGCGUCCUAUCAUGUUGGAGUUGAAACUUGAUGCUCCCUCGACAUUUCGGUAGCUUAUUGAUUCGGUGUACUUUAUGGAUCGGAUUAGCUCGCUUUCCGUGCCGGAAUAGCUUCAGUUCCGGAAAACUUGUGCGCUAAGUUGCCGUUCCUUUGUACUAUUUCGGUUCGAAGGAGUUUCGCCGUUUCUCCGAGAUCGGUUCCGAAAUCUUUGUUUUUCUGUUUCUUCGUCGCUGUACGUGUACCGUAGCCCUUGUACGGCUGUUACCAUAGAUGGAGGAGGAUACGAAAGCCAGUAGAAUGGGUAGCAGCAUGGGUGACGUCGUGUUAGGGUGCGUUAUGCCGUACAUACACGACCCUAAAGACCGAGACGCCGUCUCUCUGGUCUGCCGGAGAUGGUACGAGCUAGACUCCUUGACGCGAAAGCACAUAACGAUUGCUCUCUGUUACUCAACGAGCCCUGAUCGGCUGCGGCGCCGAUUCAAGCACCUCGAAUCCUUGAAGCUUAAAGGCAAGCCCAGGGCAGCCAUGUUCAAUCUCAUACCGGAGGAUUGGGGAGGUCACGUGACCCCGUGGGUAAAAGAGAUUGCUGAGUCCUUUAAUUGCUUGAAAUCGAUUCAUUUUAGGCGAAUGAUUGUGAGUGACUCCGAUCUGGAGCUCCUUGUAAGGGCUCGUGGCCGGACUCUUCAGGUGCUUAAGCUUGACAAAUGCUCCGAAUUCUCCACGGAUGGCCUUAAGCAUAUCGGUCGCUCGUGCAGGCAAUUAAGAACAUUAUUUUUGGAAGAGAGCUCAAUUGUUGAGUAUGAUGGCGAGUGGCUUCAUGAGCUUGCCAUGAACAACACAGUGCUCGAGACUUUAAGCUUUUACAUGACGGAUCUUAGCAAAUUCAAAUUUGAAGACCUUCAACUUAUAGCAAGAAAUUGUCCUUCAUUAAUCUCUGUGAAAAUUAGUGAUUGUGAAAUCUUGGACCUUUUGGGUUUCUUUCAUGCUGCUUCCGGUCUACAGGAAUUCUCUGGGGGUUCUUUCAGUGAGCAACCGGAGUUAUUGGAUGAGCAAUCAAACAAGUAUUCUGUUGUAUCUUUUCCACCCAGACUUCAUAGUUUGGGUCUAAUCUACAUGGGGAAGAUUGAAAUGACUAUAGUAUUCCCUUUUGCAUCUAAUCUCAAAAAGUUGGAUCUUCUCUGUGCAUUGCUUGAUACGGAGGGCCAUUGUCUCUUAAUUCAAAGGUGCCCCAACUUAGAAGUUCUUGAGACCAGGAAUGUUAUCGGAGAUAGAGGAUUAGAAGCUCUUGCUCAGAAUUGCAAGAGACUAAAGAGGCUUAGGAUUGAGCGAGGUGACGAUGAGCAGGGAAUGGAGGAUGAAGAAGGCAGAGUUUCACAAAGAGGAUUAAUUGCUUUGGCCCGAGGCUGCCCUGAACUGGAAUAUAUAGCAGUUUAUGUAUCAGAUAUUACAAAUGCUUCUCUCGAAUGUAUUGGAACUUAUUCAAAGAACCUCUGUGAUUUUCGUUUGGUCUUGCUUGAACGAGAAGAAAGGAUAACUGAUUUGCCACUUGAUAAUGGAGUUCGAGCUUUAUUGAGGGGCUGUGAAAAGCUUAGGAGAUUUGCUUUGUAUCUAAGACCUGGGGGAUUAACUGAUGUGGGACUUGGUUACAUUGGACAAUACAGUCCCAAUAUAAGAUGGAUGCUUCUGGGACCUGUUGGGGACUCCGAUGCAGGUCUCUUGGCAUUUUCUAGAGGAUGCCCUAGCCUGCAAAAAUUGGAAAUGAGGGGCUGUUGCUUCAGUGAUUGUGCACUUGCUGCCGCUGUGAUGCAACUUACUUCUCUGAGAUUUUUAUGGGUUCAAGGAUAUGAAGCAUCAUCACCCGGAGGUUGUGAGCUUUUAGCAAUGGCUCGCCCUUUUUGGAAUAUUGAGUUAAUCCCUUCUAGACAAGUUACUGUCUCUAAUCCAGACGGAGAGGCUGUCCUUCAAGAGCAUAAAGCCCAUAUCAUUUCAUAUUACUCCCUCGCUGGACCAAGAACAGAUUUUCCAGACAAUGUUAUCCCUUUGUACCCAAAAAAAUUAGUUGCCACUUAGAGAGCUGUAUAUACAAACUCUUUUUCCUGAAGUUGUUUACGUAUAUUUUUUCUGGCCUCGCUUUCUUUAUCAAAUCAUGUAACAUUUUUCCAUUUUGAUUAGAGGGUUUCGUUUUCCGACUUAUAAUUUUGAUUUUCCAUUACAUUUUAGACGUCUCUGCUGUAAUAAGCUUGAGUCUCUCUUUUGUAAUUUGAAGGUGCUCGCCCUUUGGUUGAA